AUAGGCUUUGAAACUGCACUGAAUACUCCCUAUUUUACAGUGCUGUUGAUGUAUUAGAGUCCUCUCUUGGUUGUGUGUGGUCGCCUUGAACACAUCAACCUCCGGUCUCUAUCUACUUAGUCUGGGGAGACAUCCUUCCAAUCCUCAUCUCGUUGACUCGGAAGUCUGGGUGUCAGAGGCUACUGUCUAGUCUACUCCCCAGGAUGGUUUCUGUGAGGAUGCUGCUGCUGUCGGUGGCCCUCCUGCUCUGCGGGUGUCUGGGCACGCAGGGUGGCAACGUGCUGGUCUUUCCCGGAGAGUACAGUCACUGGCUCAACAUGCGAGUGAUCCUGGAGGAGCUAGUGGAGAGGAACCAUAGUGUUACCGUGCUGGUGUCAACCGCCUCUCCGUCCAUCGACUUCUCCAGGCCAGAGAAGUUCGGCUUCAAGGUUUACGACGUACCCCAUGAAAAACAAGACUGGCAGGCUCUCAAUGAUGACUUCAUACAGUGGUGGAUGAACGAGUCUCACAACACGUCCACGUUGCAGCUGGGACAGUGGAUCAGAGACUUCAUGCAGAAAAUGAACGUUCUGACGGUCAACAUGUGUAAGUCUAUGUUCGAUAACAAAGAGCUUCUGGAGUCACUGAAACAGUCCAAGUUUGACACGCUCCUUUCUGAUCCGAUGUUCCCGUGCAGUGACGUAAUCGCGGAUGCUCUUGACUUGCCUCUGAUUUUCUCCUUGAGGUUCUCAUUUGGCAUGGUGUUCGAGAGGCAAUGUGCACAGAUGCCAGCACCCUCUUCUUACGUCCCUUCCCCGGAAUUGCCGUACACAGACAAAAUGAGUUUCUUUGAGCGGGUCCACAAUUUUGUUACGUAUACUUUUUUUGAUAUCUUUAUGAAUGUACACUUACUAACGACCAUGGACACUUUGUACAGUGAGAUAAAGGGAAGUCCGACUAGGUUCUGUGAGAUGAUGGGGAAGGCUGACAUCUGGUUGAUACGAACAUACUGGGACAUUGAGUAUCCUCGACCUUUCCUGCCAAACUUCAAAUUUGUGGGAGGACUUCACUGCAAACCCGCAAAGCCACUUUCAGAGGCCAUGGAGGAGUUUGUGCAGAGUUCAGGAGAUGACGGCAUCGUAGUGUUUUCACUGGGCUCCAUGGUCAAGAACCUGACUACAGAGAGAGGAAACGCCGUGGCCACUGCAUUGGGACAGAUACCACAGAAGGUGCUGUGGAGAUACAGUGGAGAGACGCCAGAGACCCUGGCUCCCAACACAAGACUUUAUGAGUGGAUUCCACAGAAUGACUUACUAGGGCAUCCGAAGACCAAAGCCUUCAUCACUCACGGUGGAACCAACGGACUCUAUGAAGCCAUCUACCAUGGAGUUCCUAUGGUGGGUAUCCCUCUGUUCGCUGACCAGUCAGUCAACGUCAUGCACAUGAAGAACAAAGGAGCGGCUGUCAUCAUGGACUUCAACAAGAUGACAUCCAAAGAUCUGACGGAAGGACUCAACUCUGUGAUCAAUCAUCCAUCGUACAAAGAAAACAUGAUGAGGCUUUCCAGUCUCCACCACGACCAGCCAAUGAAGCCAUUGGAUACAGCGGUGUUCUGGGUUGAGUUUGUGAUGCGCAACAAAGGUGCCAAGCACCUGAGGGUGGAGUCCCAUAACCUGAGCUGGUACCAGUACCACUGUCUGGACGUGACCGCUGCCCUGCUCUCCGUAACGGCACUCUUCAUUAUAGUCUCAAUUAAAACAUGUACUUUCUGCUUCAGGAAAACUAAAGCAAGACCGAAGACAGAGUGACUACCUUGGUCUGGUAAUAAUGUCAUGUACUGAAACAAUCACAGUGAGACAUUAUCGUAGUGGGCGUUAUCGUCAUGGGCGACAUUAUCGUAGUGGGCAUUAUCGUCGUGGUCGGCAUUAUCGUAGUGGGCAUUAUCGUUGUGUGCGGCAUUGUCGUGGUGGUCAUUGUCGCCGUGGCCGACAUCAUAUUGGACAUUAUCGUAGUGUGCAUUAUCGCCGUGGGCGACAUUAUCGUAUUGAGCAUUGCCGUCAUGGGCGACAUUAUCAUAGUGCGAAAGGGUCUUCAUGAACUAGGGUACCCAUGAGGAUUUCCUACACUGGACAACAUGUUAAAGCUGCUGAUAAGUCAUUUAUAAUAAUCAGCCAUUUUGUUUUCAUGUCAUUACAUUAAGAUAUAAGAGGGGGGGGGGUUAACUGUAGUCAAUAAAAUGUACUUGGUGAUUUAACACCUCUGUUUAACCCUUUAUCAUCGUUGGUGUCUUGAUUGAUUUGUCCAAAAUCAUGUGCCAUAAAGCAUUACCUUUCUGUCCUUGCAUUUAUAGCAGCGUAAGUUGUCAUUAUAACAUAUAUAAAGCAUUACUUUUCUGUCCUUGCAUUUAUAGCAGUGUAAGUUGUCAUUAUAACAUA